AUGCACAUGGAGCCAGCUCCCGCCUCAGUACAUAACGGAGAUAUCGCUUCCUGUGUGGUGAAGGUUGAGGGAAGCUCGGAGCUGACCAGCGUCGCCGAGGCGCAUGUCGCUGCGCUCGACCAUUCGGGAGCGACCGCCGCGACCAAUACGCUGCAGCAGUCCGGGGUGCAGCCGCUGUCUUUGUGGCCACCAGCAGCACAGGGUGGCAGCGCAGCGGCAGAGAAUGGGCACACGCCACACUGUGCUGCGUCCGCGCUGUUUUGGCUCUGCAUCUCGCACCGCCGCUUCCAUACCCUCAGGCGGGCGCCGGGCGCAAAGGUGCCGCGAUGGUCAGAGGACGAGGAGACGAAGCUGCGCGCGCUGGUGAAGAGCGGGGUCAAGGAUUGGGCCAAAGUGGCUGCUGAGCUGGGCACUGGCCGCUCGCCGGCCGGCGUCGACCAACACUGGCAGAUCCUGUGCGGCGCGUUGGUGGUGCACGCGGCCUUCGAUGGUGAGGGCGCUGGAACGGACGUAACUCCAUUCGCCUCGGAGGAUGUGUCAUCCGCGGGCCAUCCUCCCGCCAAGCCGACAAAGCGCACGCGCCGAUCGUCGGGCAAGGUCGCGCGCUGGACGGCGGAGGAAGAGAUUCGGUUGAAGGAGCUCAUCGCAGAGACGCCCGAUGCCUCCUGGGGCGACAUCGCGGAGCGGCUAGGGACGGGGCGCUCCGGCGCGGGCAUUGACCAGCACUAUCAGAUCUUGAUGGGCAAGCGGAAGUCGUACUACGUGAGCGCGAGCGACCGGCGGAACGCAGCCGACGCCGCGAACGCAGCUCCGAUUGCGGUCGCCAUGGUCGACUCGGGCCCCGACCCCGCGAAUGGCGACGAGGAGGCACAGAUUGCCGUCGCCCGGCCAAUGGUGGAGUCGGGCGCAGUUGCGGGGGAGGGGCUUGGCGCCGCCGCGCAGAAUAGGGAGGAGGCCCCUUUGUGCGAGGCCGCCGCCGCGCCCUUUGCCGCAGCUUCACUGCACCAGGUCGGCGUAGGGCAGGCGUAUGGCAUGCCGCUGAUUCAGCCGGCGUACGGGGGCCAGGCGUACGGUACGCCUACGCCGGUGAUGCGGCCGGUCGACAGCGCUUUUGCGAUGGUGCCGCCCGCCGCCGACACGAGCCAAGCGUACGGCGCACCAGUUGCCCUCGCUGUGAUGGCGCCCGCCGCCGGCACGACCGCUGCCGACGCGAGCCAAGCAUACGGCGCGCCUCCGGUGGCGCAGUCGAUCGAAGCCACCAGCCAGGCAUACCAGGAGCUGCAGUCUGCCGGGAGCUGGUGCAGCGCGGACCAGUCCUAUAGCACGCCGUUGAGACAAUCUGCCGACACGGGGCAGGCGCACACCGCGCCGCAGAGCACUGACCAGGGCGCGCCCCUGACGCAGCCCGCCGAGCGUGGCUACUGCAUGCCACCGCCGGAGCUGCCAUUGGACGGCGGCGCGGCGGGGGAUGCGGCCGGUGCAGCCGGGAUUGCGCAUCCGCCAAUGGCCACGGGGCAGGCGCAGUAG